AUGGAGACAAGAAAGGAUGAUUACUCUGCUUCGUUGUUUGUCAAUUUUCCUCCGAACUCCAAAUCCAUGGCUUGGUACUGGCCUUCUGGAAAGUCCAAAGAUAGCGAAGGCAAAAGUCCGGCUGCUGCCGAGCCUGUGAAGACUGCUUCAAAGCAGCAGUAUCUGGAUGAACUACCUCCAAAGUUUAGCGAGACAACCACGCCCAAACCUCAGCUGGAAAAGCCAACCAAGGCAGACCUGUCACAGGCGUGGAAGACCAUUUCCUGGGAUGAUUUCAAGCUUACGAAUCUGGUUCAAAUCCCGUGUUUUCGUGACGCUGGUUUGACCGGGCUGGCUACCAUGGGAGUGUUUGGAUCGGUCAUAUUCAUUUUCUACAAGAACCCUUCAAAGGCAAUAAACUGGUCCUUUGGUGGUCUAUGGAUUGGUAGCAUCGUUGGAUGGGAACAGUGUAACUCUUUAAGAAGAACAAGCAACAAAACCACCCAGAUCGCCAAACAGGUCUAUGAACAGAAGUCCAGAAAAGAAGACUAG